UGAAGCUAGCCAAACUUCAGAAUGGACCCCAGGAGAGAAAAACCCGUUACUUUGCAACGUUAGGGGAGAAAGUCCAGCCGUCCAUGUCUUCCUUACAAAUAUCUACACUCUGACAAACUUACUGGCAGCAAUGUCGAGAGAAAACACGACACGAAGUUUGGACAGUAUUGACCUCGCUGCUCUAAGAGACCCCGCAGGGAUCUUUGAGCUGGUUGAAGUUGUUGGCAAUGGGACCUACGGUCAGGUGUACAAGGGUCGUCAUGUCAAAACUGGUCAACUGGCAGCCAUCAAGGUCAUGGAGGUUACAGAGGAAGAAGAAGAGGAGAUAAAGCUGGAGAUCAAUAUGUUGAAGAGUUAUUCCCACCAUAGAAACAUAGCUACUUAUUAUGGUGCCUUCAUUAAGAAAGAGCUUGCUGGACAGGACCACCAGCUCUGGUUAGUGAUGGAGUACUGUGGAGCUGGCUCUGUGACAGACCUGGUGAAGAAGACUAAAGGAAACUGUUUGAAAGAGGACUGGAUUGCCUACAUCUGCCGAGAGGUGCUCAGGGGUCUUUCCCAUCUUCACUCCCAUCAUGUGAUUCACCGAGACAUUAAGGGACAAAAUGUUUUGCUCACAGAGAACGCCGAAGUCAAACUGGUUGACUUCGGCGUGUCGGCUCAGCUGGAUAAGACCAUUGGUCGGAGGAACACUUUCAUCGGUACUCCCUACUGGAUGGCUCCGGAGGUCAUCGCAUGUGACGAGAACCCCGAAGCUACUUAUGACUUCAGGAGUGACCUCUGGUCUUUAGGCAUCACCGCUUUAGAGAUGGCCGAAGGAGCCCCUCCUCUUUGCGACAUGCAUCCAAUGAGAGCCCUUUUUCUGAUUCCUCGAAACCCUCCACCCAGACUUAAAUCAAAGAAAUGGUCGAAGCGUUUCUUGUCAUUCAUUGACAGCUGUCUGAUUAAAAACCAUCUUCAUCGACCAACAACAGACGCCCUGCUGAGACACGCCUUCAUCAGAGACCUGGCCAAUGAGAGACAAGUUCGCAUCAUGCUCAAGGAUCACCUGGACAGAACCAGGAAGAAACGAGAGAAAGAGGGUCCAGAGUAUGAGUACAGUGGCAGCGAGGAUGAAGAUGAUGAGGUCACAGAAGAGGAAGGCGAGCCCAGCUCCAUAGUGAACGUUCCCGGUGAAUGGACGCUGAGGCGGGAGUUUCUUCGUUUACAGACAGCCGAUCGGGACGGAGGCAGAGGAGGUCACGCAGGAGGAGCUCAAAGACAGCAGGCCUUACAGCAGCACCGGCAGCAGCUGGCUGAGCAGGAACGAUACAAGCAGCAGUUUCUGGCUGACAGACAGAGGAGGCUCCAGCAGCAGCAGGAGCAGCGGCAAAAGUUCGAGGAUCAGCAGAAACAGCAGCUAAGCGACUGCGCCUUCCAGUGGGCGGAGCUUCAGGAGAUCUUCGUUGGAGAGGAGAUUGAUCUCCAUGACAACAGAAUCUCGAUGGAUGAGAGAAACAGGAGGAGUGACAGAAGACAGGACCAGGCUGGCAGACAGCGGACUACCGACGUGUCGGUCAGGCCUCUGGACUCCGCAGCUGAGCAGAGAGCUCCCAACCAGCUGCUUCAGCAUAAGGCCCAGCGUUCCCAGCCGCAAGCUAAGCUUCAGCCUCUGGCCCAGCAUCAGCAGCCCUCAGCGAGCAGGAGGUCCCACCGCACCCUCCCCAAAGACCAAACCCAGCUCCUGUCUCUGCAGCACGACCACAGACACAGAGAGAAGGAGCGGCAGCGGCAGAGAGAAACGCCCGUGGCAGCCGUCCAGAAGCUGACAGCCGCUGGCGGGAACAAAGCUGCUGCUGCCGCUUCUCCCGGCCGCCCUGCAAACGGCCAGCGCUCAGCGAUGGAGCUCCAGGAAUCAAACCUAGCUCGGGCGCUUUUAGCUGCUGGUCUGCCCAGCCAGAUGCAUGCAAGGCUGGGCUCUGGAAGCAGCUCCAGUCCUUGUACCCCAGCCAUGCAGAGAGCUCACUUCAACCAGAAUGCCAAUCUCCGCUCCAGCCGAGACGCUCCUCACAGCAGCUCCAUGUCAGACAUGGUCCUGUCCCCCUUGUCCCCAUUUUCUCCUCAGUCUGACAGCGUCUUCUGGGACUCAGCUGAGGCUCCACCUAAAGUCCCAGAACGCACAACUUCUAAAUUUUACUGUAGGGAGUUGGUGAUGGGCCACAAGAGGACAGCCUCAAGUGGCAGCCCAGUGUCUGCAGUGGAUAAGAGUGGAAGAUCUGUGUCUCAAGGAGGCUCUUCGAUGAGCAGCAACCACCCAGGCUACUUCAGGCUGGAAAGUCCGGUCCUGCAGCACCGUCUGCUGCAGCAGAAGAUGGCAGAAAACACCACCGGUGGACACACACAAGGACUAAAACCUGCAGCGGUUCGGCUUAAUAAGGCCACAGAAUAUUCCUCCUCCAGUGAUGAGGUUGGAAGCAGCGACGAUGAAGAAAGAAACAGGUCUGAACUGUCAAACGGAAAAGGGAAGCACUUCAGAGGCAUACCUGAUGGCAUCGUGCUGCAGCCCCACCACAAUCUCAACCAGAUCUGUCGGCUGGGUUCAGACGAUACCUACCUGCUGCCGGACCUCCUGCAGAAGAUCUCCUCCCGCAGUCCGACUCAUAACGCGCUGAGCCAGCAGCGAACACGGGAACUCAGCUACUCCAUGUCACCCACCGCUCCUGGGUCCCCCACACUGCAGGACCUACAUGCUUUCAGCAGCCCCACUGGAAAAAGCCCUUCUUCCUCUUCGUCCUCCUUCCUGUCCUUUAUCGACCCGAGACUGAUCCCCAUAUCAUCGCCACCUCAGAGCCCCACGGGCGGUAAGGGUGAACCAAUCAAAAGAGAGAACCACAGGAAGGGCUCGGUGGUGAACGUGAACCCGACCAACAUCCGACCGCAGAGCGACACUCCAGAGAUCCGCAAGUACAAGAAGAAAUUCAAUGCCGAGGUCCUCUGCGCUGGACUCUGGGGUGUGAAUCUGUUGGUGGGGACAGAAAAUGGCCUGUGGCUGCUGGAUCGAAGUGGACAGGGGAAAGUCUACUCACUCAUCAGCAGGCGGAGGUUUCAGCAGAUGGAUGUACUGGAGGGACUCAAUGUCCUGAUCACCAUAUCAGGUAAAAAAAACAAGCUGCGUCUGUACUACCUGUCCUGGCUGAGGAAUAAGAUUCUCCACAAUGACCCAGAGGUGGAGAAGAGACAGGGCUGGACCUCAGUAGGCGACCUGGAGGGCUGUGUGCACUAUAAAGUGGUGCGUUAUGAAAAGAUUAAGUUCUUGGUGAUCGCUUUGAAGAAUGCUGUGGAGGUGUACGCCUGGGCCCCCAAACCCUACCACAAAUUCAUGGCCUUCAAGUCCUUCAGGUCCCUGCCUCAGAAACCACUAUCUGUUGACCUGACAGUGGAGGAAGGACAGAGGUUAAAGGUCAUCUAUGGCUCGUUCUCCGGUUUCCACGCCAUUGAUGUCGACUCUGGAACGCCGUAUGACCUCUACCUGCCCACUCAUAUCCAGGGCUCCAUCCAUCCUCAUGCCAUCAUCAUUUUACCAAACAAAGCCGGGACGGAGGUUCUGGUCUGCUACGAAGACGAGGGCGUCUACAUUGACACCUACGGACGCAUCACCAAGGAUACGGUGCUGCAGUGGGGAGAGAUGCCUGCAUCUGUCGCCUACCUUCAGUCCAACCAGGUGAUGGGGUGGGGAGAGAAGGCCAUAGAGCUGAGGUCGGCCAACACGGGAAACCUGGAGGGUGUUUUCAUGCACAAAAAAGCACAAAAACUCAAGUUCCUGUGUGAAAGGAACGACAAGGUGUUCUUCGCCUCAGUGCAGUCGGGAGGAAGCAGUCAGAUUUACUUCAUGACGCUGGGACAGAACUCGCUGUUCAGCUGGUAACAACUGGACCUUCGCUCUGGGAUCAGCUGGUGGGGUCCGACUUCAUUGCUCUGGGUUUGCCUGAUGAUGUCUUUUUUUCAAAUCGGACUUGUGUUGGACAUCAUUUAAGGAUCAACCAAACAUUCCUCACUCCAUUUCUUAGUUUUCAUGUAACUGAGUAGCAGCACACACAGUUGAUCUGAAUGCAUCGUUUCAUCCUCGACUACGAAAAUCUGCUCCACCUGUUUCACAUUUAAAAUCUGCUGCUGCGUUGCCUUUUCACCACAAUAAGAAGGGUCGGCAGUGAGUUUUUACCACCAUCAGUGAUUUUAACGAACUCUUGGAUGUUGUCAGAUCAUUUUAUUCCACAUUGGCCACAGUUACAUGGUGUUUUUUAUUCUGAAUUAUUCACAAUUAAAUCAUUCAGAAUGAAAAUAUUCUCCUUCGUGUUUACAUGGAAAUAGUCAUUCUAAAUUGAGGUUUACGUGGAAAACACGUGUAAUCACUGCAACACGAUGAGGGAAUGAGAAUGCUCAGAUGGAUCAGAAUUCAUUUAAAGCAGAAUAAACGUUUACAUGAUCGAGGAAUUAUUCAAAUUGGAUUUAAAAUCAGAAUUAACCAGCCACUUACUUUGGAUUUAGGUUCAAUUUGGAAUUGCCAUUUUUAUUUGGAAUUAGGUGUUUCUAUUGUCAUUUUAAAGAGGAUUUAAUUUUUAUUCUAAAUUAAAGGGGAAUUAAAUAUCAUGUAAACGUGGCCAUUAACUCAUCUCCACUGGAUCAGUUAGUCUUCUUUCCAUUCCUGAAGAAUUCUGUUGACUGCUGAUGAAGGCCCAUGUUCAUCGUUUUCUUUUACAAUGUGACGUGUUCUGGAAGAUCUGCUGAAGUCUGCUGAUGAGUUCAGGUCUGAGUCGGGUCAUCUGAGUCAUUCCACAAACGCACACUGGAGAAGUAAAGUCGCCUUUCGCUUCAUCUUAUUCCACAUUUUGUUUCCAAUGCAGCUUUCAGUGUUCCUUGUUUCUGUUUCCAGAUCAGUGAAGUCUUUCCUGCUUGUUUCUGUUCAGUGUGGUUUUCCUCAGUAUCACUGGACUUACUGGAUGCUCUGAUACUGGGUCAGUCAAACUGUUAAUAUAAGACAUAUCCCCUCUUUACCUCUUAGGUAAACGAUGUAGUCAUGAAGGAAGAGUUUACAUCAUUUAGGUUAUAUUAUUAUCUGUCGUUUGUUGUAAAUGUUUGUUUUUGUUUUCCUCGAUAGAAUUAAAUGAAGGGUUUUUUUUUUGUUUUGUUUUGGGGUUUUUUUCAAGCUCAUCUUUAUUCCAGUUUGACCUUUUGGCCAACCACAGAUCUGGACCACAUCACAUUAUUUCUGCAUAACAAGGACCAAGAGAGUCACGGGCCCAGGCUGCGAUGGCUUUUCUCUUGGCUUCCAGUUAUUUUGUACAGCUUAAGAUCUGUAUAUAUUUAUGUAAGAUGCACUGUUUUUUUAAAUGUUUUAUGAAGGACAGGCCAUCGUGAUGUUUGUGUACAGAAUUAGAGGUUUCUAAAUGUGAAAUUCAAUCCCAAAAGCAGAGUACAUGCAUGUUGGUGCCAUGAUCUUUGAAUGUUUGUGAUAUCAUUAUGAGCUACUGUAGUUCGGGUUCCACCUGCCUGGUUGAAGCAUUCAAGACAAAAUGUUUGUUUUUUUGCUUGAUUUUCUCCUGAAGUCUAUGAAUCAAGUAUUUUGCACAUUAGCCAUUUUGAACAUGUUUUGUUAGAUUUUUUUUGUUAUAUUUUGUAAACAACUUUUAGCUCAAACUGCGACAUUCAAGCCGUCCUCUACGCAUGUUUCUGAGCGGUCAACUUGAAAUUCUUAUUCUUGUUGUUGUCUGAAUCUGAGUCAGAGUAGAUGCAACGAGAUGGGCUUGAAAAGUGAAAAUGCCAAAGAUAGGUUUGCUGUCUUAAAGUUAUCAAUGAGAUCAUUUUUAAAAUAGGACCAUUUGGUAUCUGAAUCAGUUGGUUAUACUUCGACAAACAUAUCAGCCUACAAAAAUCCCUGUGACGGAUGAAAGAUGAAAGUACUGGUUGAAGACUUCUUGUGUUUAAUCACCAUGUUUUAGAUUUAUGUUAACUUAUCUUAAAGUAAAGAAAUCAUUUAUUUUGACCAUAAUAUGUCAAUUUGAAGUAGCAUUUUGCUUUAUAGUGUAUUUACUCAAAUUUUGUGGAUACCAAAACUGCACCAAAUGUUCUAUAUUCAUGAUUCUUCAAGUAUUUAUGACAUGUGAGAGAAAUACAUUACAGCUGGUUCUGUGACAAUAUUUGAAACUGGAAAAUUAACUCGCUGACAGUCUUUUUGUAAAGUUUAUGUCAGUUGUCUUGUAGCGUUUGCAUUAGCAAAACAAAUAGCAGUUUUCCCCCUAAUUUAACCAGAAAACACAGCUUUACAUCUGUAUUGUAUUUAAGAGGCUAAUAUUUAACAGCUUUAAGCUAGCAUGGGCUAAAUCUCCCAGAACCAUUAGCUAGCUUACAGGAUCUAGCUAACAUUUUUAGCUAAUAUAUGGCUAGAAUUAAAAAUAUGCUAUGCUAAAUGCUAUCUAAUAUGAGCUAAAUCUUAAAGCUAGCUUGUAAGAUCUAGCUAACAAUUUUUAGCUAAUAUAUGACUAAGAUUAAAAAGAUGCUAGGCUAAACACACCUAAAAAUGUUUCACUUUUCCCAAAUAAGAUAAAGAAAUGAAUCUAUAGUACAACUUCCAAGUCAUGUACAAACAUACCUUAAACUUUAGAUUUAAAAGAUUUUGGGAGCUUGAAAACAGUGAAGUUUAGGCAGAAAGCACGUUGAACACAGUUUGAGUAAGUAUCACCAGAGUUAAAUGUAUUUCUAUCUGCAGUUUGAUCAAAUCCUGUUUAAUUUAUAUGUAGAAACGGUCGGUGUGCUGGCUUGUGGUUAGUUUUGGUCACAUCUGCCCAGUUUGGUCAGGUUCCUGAACAAGAACCCGGCCGACAAGAGGCCAGACCACCCCUGGUCCUGAACUGGCACAGCGUUUUACCUUAGGCUUCUUUUCAUUUUAUUAUUUGUCUCAUAAUGACUCAGACAAGAUUAUCCAUUUUGAUAAAGUCCAAUCCUUCUUGUCCACUAAAGUCUGAGGUUGCAUUGUUCAGUCGAUUGAGAGUCUGUUGCGUCCUCUUAUCUCACUUAGACUGAGCAGCAUACUUGCAACCAUUAAUGUCUUUUUCUGCAUUAUUCUCCCUCCUGCAUCAGGAUUUUAAGAACUGACUCUACUUCAAGCUAACCAAGUCAUCUUCUAAGGCCAACCUUGGCUUGUUUGGGAUUAUUAGAAACACAUUCUGCUUUGUGUUUCUUUUUUUGCGUCUCACUGUAGCUGUAUUACUAAUGAGAGGGAGAUGGGUGCAUUUCCUCCCACACCUUCCACGGUUAGGAUCAUAACAGAUUCUGUUUCAGGCCUGCGAUGACUCAUAUUUCUGAGUCUCCCACAACUUAUUUUUCUCUCACGUCUGUCAAAACAUCAUCUUCCCACUACUUCUUUUUCUCACUGUUGGAUUGUUUUUCAUUUUUUAACCACUUUAAUGAGCUUCCAUUCCAGGAAAAUGACAGACUAUAAUAAAUUCAGUAUUUCUUGCUGUUUUGUGAA